AUCAAACUUCAAAUUUUAGAAAAAACAAUGAACUUGUCGACCUACAUAAACUUAAGAAAGUGCGCUCAUCUCUAGAGCCUUUGCAUAUAGUGGCAACGCUAUGCACUGUUUGUCAGAACCAAAAUGACUCAUUUGGACUAUUAAACAAAAUACAAGUUUAAGUAAUAUAAAUUGUCAACAGUUCUCGUUUCCGGCAGUGCAAUGGGCUUAUUCGGCAAAACCCCCAGCAAAGAUCCCAAAGAGCAGGUGCAAGAGUGGACGCACAAGAUACGGAAGGAGGGCAACCAGUUGGAUCGCCAGAUUCGGAGUAUCCAGCGGGAGGAGGAGAAGGUGAAACGCUCCCUCAAGCAGGCGGCGCAAAAAAACGACCGCGACACCUGCGUCAUUCUCGCCAAGGAGAUUGUGAAUGCGCGGAAGGCCAUCAACCGCAUAUACACGUCAAAGGCGCACCUCAACUCCAUCCAGAUGCAGAUGAAGAACCAGCUUUCCACCUUGCGGGUAGCAGGAUCGCUGCAGAAGUCCACCGAGGUCAUGCAGGCCAUGCAGAGUCUGGUGCGCUAUCCGGAACUGGCGGGCAUCAUGCGGGACAUGUCCAAGGAAAUGAUGAAGGCCGGCAUUAUCGAGGAGAUGCUGGACGAGACCAUGGACUCGCUGGAGGAGUCCGAAGAGCUGGAGGAGGAGGCGGGCAAGGAGGUGGACAAGGUUUUGUGGGAGAUCACGGAUGGCAAGCUGGGAGAGGCUCCCUUGCCCCCAGAGGCUACUCCAGCGGACAAGGCGUCUGCGUCUGCGACCGCUGCCCGCGUCGAGGUCCCAGUCCAGGAGGAUGAUGAUGACGAGGGCGAGGAACUGCAGGAGAUGCAGAGCCGCCUGGCCUCGCUGCGAUCUUAGGGUGACUGCUACGGGGAUUGCAUUUAGGUUCGAAGCUGGAGGCAAGUGAUUUCGACUGGCAGGCCCUUUCAAAACCCUAAGCGGCAAGACACCCGUAAGCACGGCUUAAUUAUAGAAACCAAAAUAAUCUUCAGAAACUAAUAUUCAGUUUUUGUAUUUUAAGUGUACAGUGCCCCAGUUCAAGUUGUGUUGAGCUGCACGCGUUUUACCGUUUAAUUUACACAAGCUAACUUUAUUUAUUGUAUAAUUUACCUUGUAUUAAAAAUCGAUAUUUGCUGUGGCAUGUCCCUUCUAA